UAUCAGUUAUAUUCACAUCACGGUACUUUGCAGUUCGGGGUCUGUUUUAAACAAAAUCAGUUGUGAAUCCGUUUUUGUUGAAAUCAAGGUUGAAGUACAUAUCUUAGGAUAUUAACCGCAAACGUGGAAAGAGCAAUCAUUAAAGCAAGUUACAUCGGUUAGAAAUCGAAUUUCAGACUUUUGUUCAAAAUGGUAAAAGCUUUGCUGUGUAUGUAUUUCCUUUGUGUGGAAAAGAUAUUAGCUACAAACGUGUUUGCCAAGUCCACCGCGGAUAUAUUGCCAUUUAGUAAAGAGCUCCAAAAUAGAUUGCAUUCGACUGAAAAUGGAACAACCAUAUCAUACGAAUGCGAUCCGGAGAAAAAGAUGAUGACAAUCGAAGGAACCUUUGUACGAAGUUCCCAUAUUCGACUUUCUGAAUGCCAAUCAAUUGAUCUCGUACUUAUUCGUGUGUUUGCUGUUGACACAUUCUUCGUUGAUAGCGACUUAUAUUUAAAUAAAACAAAUGAAGUAACGCUUCAUAUUUUUGCUUAUAAAUGGGACGUUUUGCAAGAAGCAACAUUUUAUUUGAAUGGAGUCGAUGGAAAAUCUCAUCCACCAUUGGAAUCAGAGGGUGCUGCGGGGAAACACGGGAAUCCAGGAACAAAUGCGGGAAAUUUUGUUGGUAUUGCAAAUGAAGGGACUAAUUUAGAUGCAUUGACUGUUAAAUUGAAUGGCGGGCGAGGUGGUGAUGGACAAGACGGUACUGGUAGCGAUGAUGUCUACGUUAUUUUUGAUGAAAAAUUCGAUAGCAAAGGAAACACUUUAUCUUUUCAAACUCGAGAUAAUUAUGUCAAUUCACAUUAUAAAAGAUACUUUAAAGAAAGAGGAUAUGAUGCUAAGCUUAAAGAAACCAAGGGAAAACAUACUCAACCUGGUAUUCCAAUGAUUUAUACUACUUGGAAGGUAUUCACAUUAUUUUCACAGAGGUGCUGUGGAGGGACUGGUGCGGGAGGUGAUGGAGGCCGCGGUGGAGCUCAUGGAGUAUUUACAUUUUUACAUUCGAAUGGAAGUGCGGAGAUUCCAAAGAAUAGUGCAGUUGAUGGAUUAAAUGGGAAGCAAGGACAAACUGGUCGAAAUUGUUGUACUUUUGACCUUGAAGUUGAUAUUGAGACUAAACUGACUAUUUAUAUUGGUUACAUAUUGAAUAGUACGUUUCAUAAUAGACCCGUCAAAAAUACAAAAUGUUUUAAUGAGAUUGUCUACCCUGAUUAAAAACAGAAAUAAAAUCGAGACAUUUUUUAAAUA